AUUAAACAUAGAGCCGCACACAAUCAAAACCAAAAUCACACCAGCUCUAGCAGCUAGAAAACAUUAGAUCUCCAAUGGCAAAAGCACAGGCACUAGCUGCACUGCUCCUCGCCAUGGUGGUGGCCCUCGCCGCAAUGGAGGGCGCCCACGCCAUCUGCGGCAUGGCGAACGAGGACUUCAAGCUGUGCCAGGCCGCGGCGUCGGUGAAUGACCCGACCGACAGCCCGUCGGCGGAGUGCUGCGCCGCGCUGGGCAAGGCCGACCUGGGUUGCAUCUGCCGCUACCGGGGCGUCGCCGGCAUAUGGAUGAGGAUCUACCACAUCGACCCCAACCGAGCCAUGGCGCUGCCGGGCAAGUGCGGCCUCACCAUGCCCAGCAACUGCUCGUGAUCGAUGAGCAGCAGGAAUCACAAGUACAUGGAAGCCGGCACAAGUUGUGCAUCCCGUAUGGCUAAGUAAAUAAGUGGAGCGCAUGAAAAGAACUUGUGCUCCAUGAUGGUUGAUCUAUUUUUCUGUGUGAGUGUGAUCUUAUUUUUGUGCCUGUGUGUGCGUGUGCUGAAAGCUCAAUCUGUGCUCGUUUCAGCUCAUCAGUUGGAUCCAAGUAAGUGUCGUCUGCAAGCUGUUGUCAUGGUCACAGUAUGAAAGUGUAUUGUUAGUGAGUGUCGGUAACAUUGUACCCUAUAUAUAGUGUCAGUGCACAAAAUGGAAAUAUAUAAGAGCUUGUUCUUGGCAAA